AUGUCGGCAAAGCCAGAGGAGAGGUAUGAGGGCGACUCACCCUCAUGCCGUUCCUCCUCCUCCUCGGAGGAGAUUCUUGGAGGAGGUGGCGUGUGGGGCGUGGAUCUGGGGGUCGACGUGGAGGAGGCGCAUCGCGCGGCGUGCGCGGCGAGGGAUUCCACCUACACCGACCCUGAAACAGGCUAUUCAGUCUUCACGGCGCCGGCUCUCCUCAAACCUGGCCGCUGCUGCGGCAAUAAAUGCAGGCACUGCCCCUUUGGUCACUACGCCGUGCGCACCAACGCAUUCAUGUCACGAACCAGCUCGCUCACAGAGCCCAUGCUGCUCGCGCCCACCAAGGGCCCUGCUCCCUCCUCGCCUGCACUCGCCCUGCUCUGGGACGGCAGCCUGCCCGCCCUGCUCGCCCUGCAGGCACUCACGGACCAAUCAAAAUCCGCCACGUCAGCCGGCUCGUCAACACAGAAUGAUGUGUUAACAACUCUCUUUGACCCGCACUCCGGGCAAAUCCUGUCUCCCACCAGCAUUCCUGAUGCAGCCGCUACAACUGAUGCAGCCGCUACAGCUGCUGUAGCCGCUACAGCUGACGUAGCUGCUACAACCGAAUUACCGCCAGCAGCUGCUUCUCGGGCAGCUGAAAAUCUUUGCUGCCUGCCCGUCUCGAUCCGGGCAGUGAUGGACCAAUCGUUGGCGCUGAAACGACCUCUGCUCGCAGUCCCUGUAGAGGGAUGCGAGGCUCUCUGUAACGGGGAUAGGAAUGAGGUGGGGGGAGGCGAGGGGCAGGCGAAGGGGCAGGCGAAGGGGCAGGCGAAGGGGCAGGCGAAGGGGCAGGCGAAGGGGCAGGCGAAGGGGCAGGCGAAGGGGCAGGAGAAGCCACAUGGGGUGCAUGAGGGUGGGGCGAAGAAUGAGAAGAAUUCCCAAUGCGGCUCUGGGCGUCUGUGCUUCAGUGCGCUCUUUGACUCCUCGCUCAAGUCCCAGGUGAGGUCUGACGCCCCCUUAGGAUGUGUAGGGAGUGCGCUCUUUGACUCCUCGCUCAAGUCUCAGGUGCAUUCGGUCGCGUCUCCCCUCCCUCUCCCACUCUCAACCGCUGCUUCACCCAGUGCUGCUGCCACUGCCGCUGCUGCUGCUAUUAAUUCUGCCACUCCUGCUGAUGCCACUCCUGCUGCUGCCAUACCUCCUCCUGCUGCUGCCACUGAAGCAGCAAGCGCAGCAGCAGCAGCAGCAGCAGCAGCAGCAGCGUUCCCUGUGAAGCCAGUGUUUGAUCACCAGUCGCUCAUCAGAAUGACACCACUUGCACGAGGCUCAACUCUCUUGCAACCAUCCCAGUUCCGAGUCCUCAUGCAUGAGGCAGGCACAUGCCAGUCACCUGAUCCCUCCCUCCCUCUCUCCUCCUUUCUACCCCAACCAGUUCCGAGUCCUCAUACAUGA